GUAGCACAAAAAACAUGUGGAUGACUUGACGAGCCUUGUGUAAGUUAGUCAUAUGUGGUAAUCAUGCACAGAUAAAAACAAAAUUGUAAACAUAACUAGAGGAGAUAUAAUUAAAGAAUUUAUAAAAAUUAGAGAGUGCUAUGUUUUGAGUCAGAUAUGGCCAUAUCUCUGUAUAUAUAUAUGUUUAUCUUCUUCACGUCUCUCAAACCAUUCUCUCAUCUUCUCUUCCUUAAACUCAACAUUCCUUCUUCUUCCAAAUUCACAAACACAUGGCAACGUGCAUCGACACAUGCCGAACCGGAAAGACCCAAGAAGACGAUUGCCGGUUCUAUUGUACCAAGAAUUUCUUCCGACCCGGUUACUCUCUAAACCGGAAGAUCCACCACACCCAAACCGAAGAAGACGACGUCUGGAUCAAGAUGCUUGAAGAAGCCAUGUCCGAUGUCGAGCAAGAACCCAUUUUGUCAGACUACUACUACGCUUCGAUCACAUCUCAUCGAUCAUUAGCUUCUGCUUUAGCUCACAUCCUCUCCGUAAAGCUUAGCAAUUCAAACCUCCAAAGCAAAACACUCUUCGAGCUGUUCAUCAGCGUUUUAGAAGAGAGGCCCGAGAUCAUCGAGUCGACGAAGCGAGAUCUGAUAGCGGUUAAAGAAAGAGACCCGGCUUGUAUUAGCUACGUUCAUUGCUUCUUGGGUUUCAAAGGCUUCCUCGCUUGUCAAGCUCAUCGUAUAGCUCAUCAGCUCUGGAAACAGAAGAGAAAAAUCGUAGCUUUACUGAUCCAGAACAGAGUAUCGGAAGCUUUCGCCGUCGAUGUUCAUCCCGGAGCCGAGAUAGGAAAAGGGAUUUUGUUAGACCACGCGACGGGGGUGGUGAUCGGCGAGACGGCGGUGGUUGGAGACAACGUUUCGAUUCUACACGGCGUGACGUUGGGUGGAACGGGGAAACAGAGCGGUGAUCGGCAUCCGAAGAUAGGCGACGGAGUGUUGAUCGGAGCAGGGACUUGUAUACUGGGGAAUAUUAAGAUCGGAGAGGGAGCUAAGAUUGGAUCGGGUUCGGUGGUGGUUAAGGAUGUGCCGCCGCGUACGACGGCGGUUGGAAACCCUGCGAGAUUGAUCGGUGGGAAAGAGAACCCGAGAAAACUUGAUAAGGUCCCUCCUGGUCUAAGGAUGGACCAGACAUCAUAUAUAACCGAAUGGUCUGAUUAUGUGAUAUAAAAAAAACAAAACAAGUGUAAUAAAUUGGUAACAAAACAAGUGUAAUAAAUUGGUCUUUCUUUCUUUCUUUCUUGUAUAACUGAUGAAUCAAGUCAGAGUGUCAGACUAAUCUUACCAUUUGAAUGAUGAUCUCAUCUUACAAAAGUUA